UCUCGGUUCAUUCCUAAUUGCGUCCCAAAGACCGCGCUGACUGUUUAUCUCCGUUUUACUUGGUAUAAUUCAAUAAUCGGAAUUUGGAUGUUUGUGAAUCCUUCUCGAAUCUUCCACAGCCGAAUCGCGAAUAAUCUAAGAAUCGGAAAUUUCGCACGCCUCUAAUUCAUAUGUGAAAGCAUUAUAGUCCGUUUUUAAAGCAUUCGGUGGUGCCUUGAGAUGUAAGUUUUUGGAGAUGAGACUCGUCAUUUGGUUGAUUAAAUUGUGAAUCAAAUGGGAACCGUAAUAUCUUACAGGUAAAUCGUCACUAUCUUACAGUAAUUUUUUUAACAAAAAUUGAUUGUAAAUAUAAGUAUUCGUCAAAAUUGUCCUUUGUUUCCUGAAAAAUCUGAAAUAUUUGAGGAAAAAGCGGCAUGGAAAAUGAAUGAAUAAUUUUUUAAGGCGUUAAGAUCGGUUCUGUCCAUUACUUUUACUGACAGAAUACAGUGCCCUUCCAUAAUUAUUGGCACCCCUGGUUAAGAUGUGUUUUUUAGCUUCUAAUAAUUUUUUAAAUUCAAAUAAUAUGGGACCUUAAUGGAAAAAAAGAGAAAAAUCCAACCUUCAAUCCAAGUGCAUGUAUUCAGUGGGGAAAAAAUUCCACAUAAAGAAAUAAUUAUUUGACAUCAAAUAAUGUGUGUCACAAUUAUUAGCACCCCUGGUGUUAAUACUUUGUACAAGCCCCUUUUGCCAACAAAACAAGGUCUGGGGACUGAGAUGGCCAUGGGAGGAGCUUGAUUUUGUGUCUGGUGAACCAUUUCUGUGUAGAUUUGGCCAUAUGUUUAGGGUCAUUGUCUUGCUGAAAGACCCAGUGACGACCCAUCUUCAGCUUUCGGGCAGAGGGCAACAGAUUUUGAUUUAAAAUGUCCUGGUAUUUCAAAGCAUUCAUGAUGCCAUGCACCCUAACAAGGUUCCCAGGGCCUUUGGAAGAGAAACAGCCCCACAACAUCACUGACCCACCCCCAUACUUCACAGUGGGUAUGAGGUGCUUUUCAGCAUGCGCAUCUUUCGUGGCACGCCAGACCCACUUAGUGUUUGUUGCCAAAAAGCUCAAUCUUGGUCUCAUCUGACCAAAGCUCACGGUCCCAGUUGAAGCCUGGGACCGUGUGUAUUUUUGUGCUGUUUUUCUGGAUUUUGUUUGAUUUUGCAAGGCCCACAGAAAAUUCUAUUUUCUAUUGUUCUAAGUUCUAUUGCUAUAUAAACAUGGAACCCACCAAAAGAAAGACUAGACUCUCUUCUUUCAGCAGAAAAAAAGUUAUUUCAUAUCUUUUUCCAUUCUUUAGAAAUCAGCAUUAGAAAAUAUCUUAGCUUGAGCAAUUUUCCAAUUUCUGAUGAAAAAACCGAGAAAUUGAGCCUUUUGUGAAAGCAUACAUUUCAAACAUAACUUUGACUUAUACACAGCUAUUUUUUGCUUUAGUUACAUCCCAAACAUCUGAAUAAUGUUUUCUUUUUAAAAAAUAAGAUAAACAACAAGACAAAUAGAGCUUUUGAUAGCAAAGUAACAAUUUUUUUCCACAUAACUAACUGAAAGAUGAUGCUGUUCUGGCUGCGACAGCCGGUUAAACUUUUCCCUCAUCGCCGUCUGUCUCAUAAAGAUGAAUUUUUUUGAGUCCCUGCGGGCUCUGCUCGCGAGCAGCACGAACGCAACGUCGGUCGUCCAGCGCCUGGCAUCCCGGGCCUCCUACUGUUUGUUCUGCUUGGUCGUCCGCCGCCUGGCAUCCAUUCGGUCGUGUUCUGCCGGCGGCCGCCCGUGCGGUUUGGUCUUUCGUUGCCGUUGAAUUGCGUGAGUCUUACCAAAUGCGCUACUGCCCUCCAGUGGCCAGUUUUAUUGCUUUAAAAUGGAUUUUCAGCUUUGUGCUUUGGAGGUAAAUUGAAUCACGACCCAGAGAUGCCUUUUUUGGAGAAAAAAACAAAAACAAAACACAAACGUAAAAGACGUAUAAAUACGCUUUUGGGACACUGAAACAUACAAUAGAAUACAAUACAAUACAAUAGAAUGUAUUUAUACGUUUUUGGGAGCAAAUGAGUUAACAAAUGCCAUUUUCGUGUGAAAUUUGGUGCGUAGUGGCUUACAGUCAGGUGCGCCUUUAGUGUGAAAAUUAUGGUAAAUUUUGAGGCCUGACUUUGAAUGGUCAUCUUUCAAUGUCAUUCUUCGAUUCGCCCUUUCCAGUCAAAAUGGAUUGUACGUCUUAAUCAUUAAAGAGCAUACAACAGGAGAAAAAAAGUCUUAACUAGCAUUAUUAUGUGAAUUAGAAUCAUAUUUUGAGACGAUUCGACUAUAUACAACAAUUUCGCAAAGCGCAGAUGACGAGAAAUUAGUUUUUUAAUCUGCCGGUUAGCCACGCCUACCGUUAUAGGGCUCUAGCGUCCCCAACAGGUGGAUGACGUCAGCGGGUGACUGGGCUCAUCGGUUUUACUAUUCAGCCCAUUCAGGGGGAAUUAUUCAAAACGAGGAAAACGCGACGAAGAGAGCCGCAAAAUGUCAUUGUCAGUCUCUCUACUCCAAUAUUUUUACAGGAUAUUCUUUUUAUCCAAGUAUUUUUCCCCAAUAGCUAAAUAAAUGGCUUGAGAAGGGCCAGUCAGCCCGUCGAGGGGGAACUAUUCACAACGAGGAAAACGCGACGAAGAGAGCUGCAAAAUGUCAUUGUUUCUGUCUCUUUACUUCAAUAUUUUCUACAGUAUAUUCUUUUUAUCCAAGUAUUUUCCCCAACUGCCUAAUAAAUAGCAUGGUCAUGACAAAUAACAGUCUUGUGCUAAAUGGAAUAUGAAAUAAUAAAAAUGCACUUAUUUAGGACGACAUGGCAAAAUUACUCCAUAUUGGGCAAAACUGUCGACUUCACCUUUACUGUCGCACCUCCCGAACGAUAUUUUAUGACACCUAAAUCGGACAUAUGUCAUUUCCCUUUCCCGGCUUUGGAGAAUGUAAACAAACCAAGAGGCGUGACAGUUAGCCGACAUGUUAACGCGAACCGAGUGAUGUUUCAAAGUCUUCGAAGCGGAAAAUCACACAUAACUAGCCCGGAUUAUUUGACAUGACGACUGGGUUGUCGAUUGUCUUCGCGGAUCGGCAAACCGCCAGGCGGAGAGCAAUUUACAGUUCGUUCCCCGGAGGAGGGCGGCUGCAGUUGUUGUGCAGCUAACGUGCAGCCAAUGUGCACGAAGAGAGCUUUUUACAUGCCUAUCAAUGAUCAAACGUAAGUAGUCCUUUAUUUAAAGAAAGUUGUGUUUACUUUGUAAUCGCUGUAUUCGUAUGUGACAUAAUACAAAACAAGAUGUUUACUCUCUUCCUUGUAAGUCCAAUGGUCCCACAGUAGUAGGGCUUGUUUUGGCAUAUAUCCACGGCGAAUGGGAACCUUUUCAAACUCCAAAAAGGCGCACACGCCUCUCCCUCAUAAAGCAAGGUUUUUCUGCAGCUGUUUGGCUGGCGUGAUGCGCAAAAUAAACGUAUUAAUCCACAAAAUCAGCUGAAUCCUUAGUCCUCAUACACAACAGUACCGCUGUUUAGUGAAGAGGAUGCCUUCACCCGUACACGCCACAGCGCCCUCCUCCUCAAUGCAAGACCGAAGCCGGAAGUCACUCAUUUUCAUGCCGCGGGAUUCAAAAAACUAAAUAAAUAUAGCGAUCGCUUCCACACACAUCCAAGCGGUCCAUAUCAUUCAGGAGCAUAAAAUACCGCGUGUAUUAUGAAAUAAACAUGCUUUUUCGUGUCACAUGCACUUUAAUGCCAGCCAAUGAUUUAAUUUCCAUUUAAGGUCAGUCUUUAUCUUUGUCGUCUUAUGCCAAGUACCGCCAAGUUGAAAACAGUUGAGACCUCAUCUGAAAGCUCCCAGAAAAGGGAAACCUGGACGCGUGCCGUUUUGAAUAAUUUCCUAUGUGUAAAUUAUGCAUUCGGACAGGACGGUGAGAAAAUAUAAUCGGUGAGCUCAAUGAUGCAAUGAGAUGUGCAUCGGGUCCUUGUGCAUGUUGUCGUUCAUCAAUUGCACACUAACGGCCAAAUCAGUUUCCCCAUUGAUUAAACCGUGAACGCACUGACCCAAAACCCAACCUCACGCACGACGCGUUCGCCAAUCGGAACUAUUCAUGUGAGUCGACUGAUCGUGCAAGCGGGCGAGCGGGGAGUCAGCGGGUGCAGUGCAGCCUUAUUUAACCGAGGCCGUGUAUACGUUCCAUAUGUCCUAUAUCCGUGAGGGUGGGCCUUAGCAACAGUGACUGAGCAUUCUCACGGAUUGCACCAACCCCCAGGGUUUUCUAGAAAAGUACCGCAAAACCUUGCAGUCAACUUUGCAUGUCUUUCAGGACUCGUGCCCCAAUUGGAGAUCAAACAGUAUUUUAAAAAGAAGCUAGUAAACGGAAAAAUUGCGUAAGACGGUGUUCUAUGAUAUAAAAGAACUGUGAAUCUAAGACAAAAGAUAAGUUUGAAACGAUAAUUAGCCCUUUUAUCCUUUACGUUAGUGACAUGUCAUAGGAGUCAAAGCUUUGCAACAUCAUUUACACGUCAGCAGGGUAGUUUUAAUCCAUUCAGAAAUUAAAAAAAGCUAAUUGCACAGUCAUUCCAAUGUGGAAGAGCCUGUUGCAAAAGAAAAACGAAUAAAUGUGCGAAUUAAGUAUUUAAACGGCAAUUUAGUGUACACUACACGAUAACAGGGUCAGUCAAAGCUGAAGAUGAGCGCCGUCGGGGAAAGUCCUUUGGACCCUGACCCGGCCGAGUCGCGCAAGAGGAAGGGCUCGCCAUGCGACACGUCAGCGCAAAGCCUAGAAAAGCGGCGGCGCGAGCUGGAGAGCCGUUACAUCGGCGAGCUGGCGGAGCUGCUCUCCUCAAACAUGGGCGACAUCGCCAGUCUCAGCGCCAAGCCCGACAAGUGCCACAUCCUGAAGAGCACCGUGGACCAAAUCCAGCAGAUGAAGCGGCACGAGCAGGAGAAAGCAGCUCUUCGGUCUCCGGAUGACGCGGUGCAGAAGAGCGACAUCUCCUCGAGUAGCCAGGGCCUGCUGGAGAAAGAAGCCCUGGGACCCAUGCUGCUAGAGGCCUUGGAUGGCUUUUUCUUCGUGGUGAACCGCGAGGGACGCAUCGUGUUUGUCUCAGAGAAUGUGGUGAGCUAUCUGGGUUACCCUCAGGAAGAGCUGAUGAUGACCAGCAUCUACAGCAUCCUGCACGUGGGAGACCACAACGAGUUUGUCCGCAAUCUGCUGCCCAAAAGUCUGGUGAAUGGCGUGCCAUGGCCUCAGGAGCCAGGCCGCAGGAGCAGCCAUACCUUCAACUGCCGCAUGCUGAAGAGGCCGCCUGACGAGAUGGACUCCGAGAACCAGGAGGCCCGGCAGCAAUAUGAAAUCAUGCAGUGCUUUAGCGUGUCGCAGCGCCGCGCCGCCGUGCAGGAGGAGGGAGAUGACCUGCAGAGCUGCCUGAUCUGCAUCGCCUGCCGAAUGCCUCGUCCUCCGCCCGUCAGCACAGAGUCUUUUAUUACUAAGCAGGACCCCACAGGGAAGAUUGUCUCAAUUGAAACCAGUGCUUUGCGGGCGACUGGCCGGCCCGGCUGGGAGGACCUGGUCAGGAAGUGCAUCUAUGCCUUCUUCCAGCCGCAGGGCAAAGAACCCUCCCAUGCCAAAAAGCUGCUGCAUGAGGUGAUGACACACGGCACUGCCAUCAGCCCGUUGUAUCGCUUCACCUUGAGCGACGGCACACCGCUAAGCGCUCAGACCCGCUGCAAGUUCUGCUGCCCCCCCAACCCAGACGUUCAGCCCUUCAUCAUGGGCAUUCACACUAUUAACAGGGAACACAACACUGGUAGCUCUCAGGAAAACACUAACCCCAGCCUUCAGCCAACCCUGGGCAACCUCGCCCAGGCGCCCUCGCGCUCGCCGGUCCUCGCUGCUGGCAGCAACUCAAAACAAACCUCAGGCCCCGCCGCUGCCUCAGCCUCCGCCGCCCCUUCCGCCUCGACGGGGCUUCACCCCGGCAACAGUAACGUGUCUCCCCAACGACUGAAUCCGGCCGCCGGCUACCCGCCCUCCAGCCGGACGCGUCCCCAGCAGGGCAGUAGCCCGUCUCCUCUCAGCAGCCCCACCACAGCCGCCCCUACCUCGUUUAUGUCGUCCGCCGUGUCGCGGGCCAGUCCCGGCUUGGCUGGGAGCCCGCGGGUGCCGGGCCUCCACUCGCCAGCCGGCGCACUGAACAGACAACUUAGUGGCGGAGACGCUAGUAACGGCGCACAGGCCGGGUCGAAAGGAUGUUUCUCCAGACAAGCCAGCUUCUCGUCCUCCCGGCUUGGAGCGGACGGAGGGGUAGAAGACUCUGUCAAAGCCCCCCUGGCACCUGCCGCACCGCCUGCUCAUCUCAGACUUAAUCAGCCGCUGGACAGCAAUGGGAAAGGAAGUGACGCUAGUGACAUCCACUGCACCUCGUUGCCUCAUCCCAAACCCUUUCCUCAGUGUCCUGCUUCCCACAGCACACUGACGGAACGACACAAAAUCUUACACAGACUGCUCCAGGACAGCAACGAUUCCACCUCCACCUGCUCCACCUCGACUACCGCAGCCACCCCUGAGGACGGCGUGAACAAAAGUGAGGUGGAGAUCAAGAAAGAGCCGCCGUCCAGUCCCUUAGUGAGCACUGCGCUCCAGCGCUCGACUUCCAGAGAACCGCAGGACCACCAGCUGCUUCGCUUUUUGCUUGACACGGACGAGAAGGACUUGGGAGACCUGCCACCUCCCUCGGCGCUCAGCCUACAGACAGUUCGGGUGAAGGUGGAGAAGCGAAACACCGGGGACGCGUGCGUGGCAACAGUGGGUACGAGCCCCGUCGCCAAAGCCCCGGCUUGCGCCAGCCCCAAAUCCAGUCCCGUGGGGGAGAGACGGCGAGACAGCCGCCGCGAUAGCCGCGACUCCACUAUGUCAGGUGGAGGCACGGACACAGAGACCACAACCCAGCUGCUACCCGCCCUCAGAGGCCCGAACGUGGCCAAGCAGGGCACAGAUGACGUCGGAGUCCACCAACUCCCCUCUCCGGCCCCCCAGGCUCCAGCCCAACUCCAGUCCCCGGGCCCUCCGAUGCAGUCUCCGCUGUCCCAGCCCCGCUUGCAGUCCCCAUCGCCCCAGCUCCAAUCACCCUCCCCCCAGCUCAAGCUGCAGUCACCCACCCAGGCACAGCCAGGUGGCAUCAGUGUGAAGAGGGAGCCGCCUGGUACUCCGAAUAGAGGCAACAAUGAUGGUGGCCCCACUUCAGGCUGCAAUCUCCAAAGUCAGUCAGCGUUUGAUUUCUGCAGUCCUCCGACACCAAGCCAAGGAAAAGGACAGGGAGACCUCUUCCAGGGCACCAAAAACAGCAGCAGUCCCUUUCCUGAGGCAGAAAUCGUCAACCUGUUCAGUUCAACCACUGGCCCGACCAAGUUGGAUUUGGCGGAGUCACAGUUCCAGCCACUGACUCUGUCUGACUCGUUGUCCUUUGAUGCCCUCGGAACGCCAUUGCAGACACCUCUUACUUCGCCCCAGGAGCAGUGUGUGCCCUGUACGCUGGAUGAAGUCCUAGGACCACCGAACACACCCGAGGCCCGGAAUGAUGAGAAAGCUCUGCUGGAACAGCUGGUCUCCUUCCUUAGCGGCACUGAUGAAAGCGAACUAGCGGAGCUAGACAAAGCCCUUGGUAUUGACAAGCUUGUGCAGGGCGGCUGCUUCGACCCGCUGGCCCAAAACUUUCCGCUUCAGCAAGUCACCGCUCCCCCACUUACAUUGGACAGUAAACCACCCUCCUACCCUUCCCAAUUCACGCCACCUAUUCAGUUUUCCCCGGAGCUGGCGGCAGUAGGGCAGCAGGCGCUAGCCUUCGCUCCCGCUCGGGCGACUUUGCUCAGCGCGGCGACCACCACCGUUGUGGGAGUCCGGCCGGGGAUGGUCCGGCCGCCGCAGGGGAUGAGCCCUCAGCUCAGGCUGCCGCCCAACCAGCUGCGGCUACAACUGCAGCAAAGACUUCAAGGUCCUCAGCAGCUCCAGAACCGACUGGCGAUGAAUACGUUCCCCGCAAGUGGAGGAGGUCCACAUAUGGCUGUUCGUCUGGGGGCGCCGCAACCUCAAAUUCCUUCACAACCUCCACUAAACGCUCAGAUGCUGGCUCAGCGUCAGAGGGAGCUGUACAGCAUCCAGCACCGCCAGCGUCAGCUUUUCCAGCAGAAGGUCAUGCUGAUGAGACAGAACAUGGCCACCGCCGCACCCGCCGGGGGCGCCGCACCCGUCGCCGCCGCCAGGGUCCCGAAAAUUGCCAACAACAACGCGCCUGCGCCUCAGCAGCAGCCGGCGCAGUUCAACUUCCCCGCCGGUUACAGCCUGGUAUCGGGGAACCCUCCUACCUCACCCGGUCACUUCAGUGGCCCCAUGCCAGGAGGGGCGCCCGUUCCGGGGAGCCCCGUUGACGGCAAGUUAAAUAGCCAGACAACGUUGCUGGGCGGCGUGCAGGCUCCUCCCUUUGGUGGAGGAUCGUCAUUGCAGCAGCCAGGGCUGAUGCAGCAGUUUGGGGGAGCUGCCAUGGUGCAGCCGGACCCGCCUUUCCCUCCUGAGAUGAGCCCUUCUAGUCCGCUGUUAUCACCUCAGAACUCCACUUCCCAGAGUCCGCUGAUGCAGCAAGCCCCGCCUUCUGGCUAUCAAUCCCCAGACAUGAAGAACUGGCAGCAGACCAGCAACAGCCUUUUCAGUCCAUCGCCGCAGCACAGCGGGGGUCAGACGUUUAGCCAGCAGGGAAUGUACAACAACAUGAGCAUCACAGUGUCCAUGGCGGGGAGCUCUGGCAGCGUGGGGUCCUUACCAUCCUUGGGGCAGCCGGUCAGCAGCUUGAACAGCAGCGGCAGCGUGAGCUCACUGUGUAAUGACCAGCAGGUGCAGCAGGUUCAAGUUUUCGCUGACGUCCAGUGCACCGUCAACCUGGUGGGCGGCGAUUCCUACCUGAAUCAGGCAUCCAUCGCGGGCGGCGCCGCCCAAAAGAGUCCUGGACCCCCGCCGGCCUCCCAGACCAGCCAGGCCCAACAGAAGAGCCUCCUCCAGCAGCUGCUCACCGAGUGACGCCCCUCCAAACCUCCUCUCGAAGCGUCGACCCACUACUCCCUCUUUACUCGUACGCCUCCUCUGGACCCGUGGCAGUCUCACCUCAUUUCUGGACGGAGGGCGUCUGGCCGUGGGGGUGUUUAACCACUUCCCGUGCCGCGGAGGGCGCCGGCGAGCUGCCUGUCUGACAACCUGUCUGACAACCUGUCUGUCUGCCUCAGCCAAUUCAAGGCAGUGUUGUCUUUGCUGCUCAUCCCCGCCCCCGACCAACCAUCACCUACCACCUGCUUCCCGGUCGCUGUCCAAUCAGGACAGGGGAGUACCCCGGAGGGGCGGCGUCCCCCGCCUUGGCUUUUUUUUUGGUUCGCUUUUCCGGGAAUGUGACGACGGAAGCUCGGUAUCAGCUGGUUCUGCGAUGCGCUCUCUCUGUCAGCCUCACAGUGCCUGGUGGAAGUUUGAGCUUCAUCUUCUUUUUCUUCUUCCACACACGAUGAUUUGAUUUUUGUUUGUUUUCUUCUCGGUUUUGUUCCGCUCUCUUCAUCCUCAUCAUCUCGAUCAACUUUGACAAACGACCGAUGUACGGAUGGGAGACGGACGGGAUGCUGCUCACUUUUUGUUUAGUUUUCUUGGGAACUCUUUUACUUUUGUAUUAAGUAUAAAACAAAAACCGUGAGAGACUGUUGGGAUUAUUUAACAGUCGCGUGUUUAUUAGCCCUCACCUCAGCAGCUGUGAAUAUGAGGCCAGCUCGGCCUCCCUCUUUCAUCCUCUCUUUUUCUAUACCGUGCUAACUCGGCCUAUCAGUGUUGUUUGCCAUGCGGGCGUGUGUAGUGUUGUACAGUACAGAAGGACAGUAACGGCCAAAAACACCCCUUUCACACAGUAGCGAUUAGGAAAACGCGAGCAUUGGUUAAUGAAUUUCCUGUUUAUUGUUUACCAAAGUGAGGGAAGGUCAACAUUUUCAACAGUUUUUAAAGUCGGAACUAUUUUAGCACGGGUUUCACUAAUGCUAGGCGAUAUAGAAAGUUUAUUUUUAUGAUUCGGGCGGUUUUAAAUCGUGAUGAUUAUAUGCCAUGAUUUGGUAUUGACGGCACAAGGCAUCUAGCACUGAUUAAAUACAAUAAUAACUAGGCCCUCGCACUUUGGCGCAACUCGGACGUCACGCAAACUCGGAGGGCACGCAGGUCAGGUUUGUGGCAGGUUGUCCCCCUCACAUCCUCUCAUGAGAACCUAACUUGGUCGAAAGUCACCUCUUUUUUAGCGGGGAUUAAAAAUACAUUCACAUACCUAAGAGAAAAAAGCCUAUUGAAGAGGGUCCUAAAAAAAUGGAGGCGCUACUGAGCUGUGCAGCCAUGUCCUAAUUCAAAACCAAAAUGUAUUUACUCUACGUUGAAAAAACCUAAUGGGAGAGGCCUUUUUUUAAAAAGAUCAAGGGGGCGCCACUGAAUUAAGUUUGUUUUUGAGAGGUGGCAAAAUAAUCGAAAUAUAUGCCAAGCUGCAUUUAUGUGAAAACUUUGGUUUUCGAGCUUUUUAAAGCCUUAAAUUCUGCUGCCACUGGUUGGCGCUGUAGGAUUGAUGCAUAUGACCCCUACAGGGCCCUUCAGGGUACGACUCUCAACAAGCACAGGAAGUUUGGCGCAUAUAUGUUGUAUAUCUGCCAAGUUAUGACUGUUCAAAGCUUGUGGUGAGACAAAUGGCUAGUCAUUUUCACUUUCCUGUUUGGAACCCUCCGCUUCAACGAAACCUCAGUAUUUUUCAUCAGGCACCUGAACACGUCUUAAGGCUCCCCUGAUGUAGGUUUGAGGUCAAUUGAUUUUUUACCCUUGGAGGAGGAGACUGUCUCGUAAAAAAGGGUGUUUCCUGUUCCCAGCAGGGGGCGCCAGGCCUAAUGGGGAAUUUUCAGGCUGAGAUACCUCACAUACAUGCCAGAUAUGAAAAUGAUUGAACCUUGUAUCAAGGAGUCAUUUACUGCAUUUGUCGUUUCGCCCAAAAAUGGCCGACUUUGGCACCCCGCCCAGGUCAGACCCAUGAAGGAAAACGCACCGUUUUGAAAAUUUAAGCUCUCAUAUAUCUCCUGAACAGUCUCACCAAUUUUGAAGACGAUCCAACUAACUCCCUCGGCGAAAAGGUCUCAAAUGUGCAACCUGUAAAUCAAUAAAAAUUUCACAUUCGAUCACAAAUUAACGAUUUCCUAUUGGGUUUGGAAUAUGGGUGCCAGUGCUUUUUUGGAGCAGUUUUGGACAAGGUAUAGACUCCCCAAAUUUCAUUGCCCUACGCUGACAAACCCUAAUGUUAUAGGCAUAUUUUGAAAUUUCAAGGGUGCGCCACUGAGCCAUUUUGUUGCAUUUUUUUGCAACGUUGCAAAAUUAUCGAAAUUUAAAUUUUGCCGCUCAUAUGUGCAAAUUUCGGUGAGUCAUUUGACGAGAAUUAAAAAAAUAUAUAUUUGCAUUAACAUAGGGCCUUCGCACGCCUCGUGCUCUGGCCCUAUUUAUCUGGGUCUUUGAAAAAAGACCCAAAUAGUGUUAAAUUAGGUUUUUUUUUGAAUGGGAUUUCUUCAGCGCGCCGCACAGCCCGAACCGUUUGACCAAUUGGCACUGUUCGAACCGGAAUUUUCAUGCGACGCAGGGAAUUGUUCGAACGACCCUGAUAAAUUUUCCGUGUAAAAAAGUUGUAUAUAGAAUUUGGAAAAACUUUUUGGUUCCCUGGAAAUUUGCCAAAAACUUACCCAUUCAUUUUGAUGGGCCAUUGACGUGCAAAUUUCCCAUUUACUUCCAAUGGAAUUUAUAUUGCAUUGAUGCCGUUGACGGCCAUGUAUGUCAAUCUAUUGAUGCCAAUGUACUUGGAUUCCAUUGACGGCUAUGGAUGUCCAAAUUUUUUUUCCAUUCAUUUUCAAUGGCAAAAAAAACAAAAACAAUGUCCCCAAAUCACAAGGAAAUUACCUGAUAUUCAAUAGGACGUGUCCCCCAAUGAUUCCAUUGACGCAUAUGGAUGGUGAUGCCAUUGACGGCCAUGGACGUCCAAAUUUUUUCCCAUUCAUUUACAAUGGCAAAAAAGCCAAUGUCCCCAAAUCAAAAGGAAAUGACCAGAUAUCAAUAGGACGUGUCCCCCAAAUAUCCCCAAAUGACCUGUAUGACCAGGCCACGUCUGCCAAAUGCCCCCAAAUGACCUGAUAUGACUAGGCCACGCCCCCAAAUGUCCCCGAAUGACCUGACAUGACCAGGCCACGCCCCCCAAAUGUCCCUGAUAUGACCAGGCAACGCCCCCCAAAUGUCCCCAAAUGAUCUGAUAUGACCAGGACACGCCCCCCAAAUGUCCCCAAAUUAACAGGAAGUGACCCGAUAUUGUCCCCGAACUGUCCCCAAACCAACCUGGGCGGGGCUAAGAGCUUUAUCUCCACACAGCAAAGACCCAGAGUAAUUUCUCCAGAAAUUGCAGUUUCUAGUUAACAAUAAAAUAGAAUAAUCCUUAAUAAUGUAGGCUCAUGUAGUCUAGAUUUGGAUACCAAAUGUUAAUUUUGUGCCCUACAUCAGUGGUCUCCAACCUGGUCUUCAAAGGCCCGCUGUUGGUGCAGGAUUUCAUUCCAUCCUAACAAGAUGACUACACUUUUUCACCAAUCUGGUGUUUUACAAGUGCAAUGAGUUGAUUGCAGUCAGGUGCGGCUUAUUUUAGCAGAAACCUCAUUGGCUCAGCUAUCUGUGCUGGAUCGGCAGGAACAAAAACCACGCUGCUAUUGACGGCCAUGGACGUCCAAAUUUCCCAUUCAUUUCAAUGGCAUUUACUUAGUUUAAUGCUAUUGACUGGCAUGUUUGUCCAUUCUAUUGAUGCCAAUGUACCUGGAUGCCAUUGACGGCCAUGCUCGUCCAAUUUUUUCCCAUUUUCAAUGGCAAAAAAAACAAUGUCCCCAAAUCAACAAGAAAUGACCAGAUAUCAAUAGGACACGCCACCAAAUGACCUAAUAUGAUCAGGCCACACUCCCCAAAUGGGGCUAAGAUCUGUAUCUCCACAGAGCAAAGACCGAGAGUAAUUUCUCCAGAAAUUGCAGUUUCUAGUUGAUUUAAGAAAACGUAUAAUAAAUGUGUAUGUUAUUAGAAUUGACAACAGCAUUUUAUCGCCUAGCAUUAGUUGUUUCCCAUAUUUGUGCGCCAAUUUUCCCAACAACCCACCUGGGCUCUGUGUGAAAGGGGUUAUUAUCGCAGCCGUUUUCAAGCUGUACUGAGAAAUAUUGCAGCGGAGGAGGAAGUAGUCGUUCCCCCACCUUCUAUAAAAUGUGAAGAAAUUCAUCCAAACGUACCCCAACCCUGCAUCUUAGAGUUUAGCGCCUACGUCGCCAUUUUUUGUCGUUUCCGAACCCUUCAAGGAAGCACUUCAGGCCGAGCUGGGUGCGUUAAAGUCGUCGUCGGUGGCAAACAUUCUCUCACUCGCCCCGCCAAACCGCUUUGUUUACGGUAUAUUCGCGCCCGGGUUUUUGGCAUCCUGCACUUAAAGACUCCCUCAAACGGACGGCGCCGUCAGGAGAUGCUCUGUCAUUCCACGCCCUACCUCAGAGCACUUUUCUUUUGAUUUUCUUACGAUUACCUCAUCCUCUUCUCUACCAGACGUGCACGUCGCCUGGUUUUCGGACCUCGUUUCACACUGUGAUCUCAGCUCGCUGGUUUCUUCUUCGGUUAUUUUAUAUUUUGUGUAUUACAGUGACGCAGUAUCGAUCCAGGAAAACCGCAAUGUGCUCUUUCACACUUUGUAGACUUCAUUACUUUUUUUUUCUUUCCAGUGACGACCAUUUCUAGACUUUGCUGUAUUUUUCUAAGGGAGUGACGGCAAAUGAAAGUAUCGGGCCAGGUCGAAAUUCAGGAAGUUGUCGCGACGUGGUGAAAGGCUUUGACUUUUUUUACGUGUUGUAACUGAAAAGGUCUUGCUUGCCCCUCGCGUUCUUCCGUACCGCACUCAUCCGAGCACACGGGUGCACAAAGUGGGCCUGGUUAAUAAUUGUAACCUAAACUUUGAAGUUGAAAUGUAUUUAUUUGCAUCCCAGUAUCACACUAAUUGGUUGUAAAUUAUACAAUUACAGAUAAUUAUCUAUACAGUGCAUCCAGGAGGUAUCACAAGCCAAGUAGAACAUUGGGAAUUCUACACCAUUUUUGCAGCUUUAAAAAAAGUCAGAAUAUAUUUUGUUUGAUGGUGCCUUGAGAUGUUUUUUUCAUGGCCCAUAGUUCCACAUUUUAAUGAAUAGAAAUGCAAUCAGCAAAAAAAAAAUCGGCACUCUGAGAUAAUUUCGCAGCCAAAUUAUUGCCAUAUUUGGAAGAGGGGACACUCCCUUAUACGCAGUUUUAGUGAAAUUUUACGUUUUGAUUAGGGAUGUCCCAAUAGCAUAUUUUUUGCAUCCGAGUCACCUGAUUUGGAGAAUCUGCCGAUACCUGAACUGAUACCGAAAAAAAAAUUGUUACGCCCCCAAAAAUUUUAACAUGUUACUAAUUAUUUUUAAACAAAAAUAAUGUGGAAAAUAUUUGCCGUUAGGCCUGCAGCUAUCGAUUAUUUUAGUAGUUGAUUAAUCGAUGAACUAGUUUGAAUAAUCGAGUAAUCGGAUAAGGAACAUAAUUACAAUACCUGACCCUCAAACGGUAUAAAAAAGUAAAUAAAUGAGCAUAUAUGUACAACAAAUGAACAAUUGGCUAACUUACAUCGCAAAAGUUCGGUAGUUUAAAUGCUAUUAAAUGCCAAUGUUUUUUUUUUUUACAAUGCUCUUAAUAAAUAGAUCAAACUAGGGUUGUUCCGAUCAUGUUUUUUUGCUCCCGAUCCGAUCCCGAUCGUUUUAGUUUGAGUACCUGCCGAUCCCGAUAUUUCCCGAUCCGAUUGCUUUUUUUUGCUCCCGAUUCAAUUCCAAUCAUUCCCGAUAAUUUUUCCCGAUCAUAUACAUUUUGGAAAUGCAUUAAGAAAAAAAUGAAUAAAACUCGGACAAAUACAUACAUUCAGUACAUAAGUACUGUAUUUGUUUAUUAUGACAAUAAUUCCUCAAGAUGGCAUUUACAUUAUUAACAUUCUUUCUGUGAGAGGGAUCCACGGAUAGAAAGACUUGUGACUUUGUAUAUUGUAACUAAAUAUUGCCAUCUAGUGUAUUUGUUGAGCUUUCAGUAGCCAUGCCCAAAUGCAUGAUGGGAAGUGGAACCAUGACCCUGCUUAGUGCUACCAAUUGAUAUAUAUUCUCUGCGUUGGGAAAUAAAAUAAGGUGUUAAGAAAAAGAUCAGUUGCUACUUUUCUUCCCCACAUUGCUUCCCAUGAUAUUUCUAAUUGUAGGGAGAGGGAUUGUAAGGCUUUAGCCAAUCAUAAAAAGGCUCCAAAGGCUGCCAUAAUUCAUUCUACUCAUUUUACGCUGCCUUUUAUCUCUCUAUAUAGGUAAAACGGCACCACUACAGAUUGAGCGCAACAAUGCGUGAGUGGGUCGUGCAGUGCAUGCAUUAAUUGCGUGAUACCGUGAUACAUUCGUAAAAAAAUUACUGCCGUUAUCGGGAUAAAUUUGAUAACCCUACCUUAAGCCUAAACUAAAGACUCUGGAUGAGUGUAACAUAUUAUGUCUGUAACGUUAAAUACAAUUAGAAAACGAUUUAAUUAAUCAUCCCUAGUCUAUAGUUUAGAAUGACUGAAUAAGGGGCAUAGAGCAUGGAUUAUGGUCAUUGUGUCUGAAGUGAAUGUAUGUCUAGUGGUUGCAUUUCCAUAUGAACGGCUGUUGUCUGUCCAACAACGACUUGCCAAUUCAAAAGCACUUGGUUCAUUUUGGCCACCUCUGGGUUUUCGGGGGGGGUAGACAAUGUCAGCCAUUGUUUGGGAGUAGCAGGAGUACCAGAUUUCUCUGGGACUUCUCGUGUUAAAGAUUAAAGCAACAAAUAGCAGUAAAAGAUGCUGAGUAACCAACUAUUAUAAUUGCCCCCAAAUAAUUAUUCUCUAAAACUUUACCGUUUCUUGCCCCAACCCCCCCACCCCCACCUUUGAACAAGUAUAUCCUCCCCUGGAGAGAAUGAUUUUGAAUAGACUUCAUCCUUACAUUAUGAAGUCUAUGGAUUUUAUAACAAAUUGGAAUGUAGCUGUAAUGUUGUCAAAGCUGUGAACACCUUAUGGAUGCAUUGUAUACAUUGUAUUUAUUGCAUUAAAUCUUCAAUUGAUUCAUUAUAAUCAAAUUAAAUAAAACUCUAGCUUUAGAAUGUUUUUUAAAAUUGAGUAUAAAAGUUUGCCUACUCCUGAUUCUAGCAUGACUUUGCAUCUUUUUGUCUUUUCUCUAGGUUUGGCGUUGAAAAUUUACUACUGCGACGUGGUAAAAAAAUGUAACGCUCAGAAAUGUUUUCUCUCGUUUUUUUGUAAAUUUCUGGCAAAGUGGGAGAAUGUUUCAUUUUCUUUUGUCGCGUGUCACAGUCCCUCCGGCAAUGUUUUUUCUGCAGGGAUGAGGAAUCCUUUCCUCUCUUCACUCCACACUACAACAAAAAGCCAAAAAAACAAGCGAUGCACGUUGAAAUUCCAGAUGUUAUGCAACAGCUGCUCAAUGGAAAGGCCUCCCUUUUCCUCCUCUUCCUCCUCCUAGUCGGCAGGUACAGGCUUUUUUGUUAACAUGAUGUAAAUAACAAAGAAAUGUGAAUAAUAAUAGGAGAAUCAUCAUCAUCAAGACAAGUUUGUGGUAAAUAACUACUCGCCUCCGUCAUUUUUUAAGAUUUUUUUUUUUUUUUUUUUAAAUUCUUUGGAUGAGGAUGAUGAUGCGUAUGUAUAUGACUAUCAGUGCGUGUGAUGAAUACUGUAUAUUGUUAUGGAUCCUCUCCUUCCCUGCUCCACGUGUCCCAUGCCAGAGAAUGGUUUCUAUAGCGACUGCUGAAUGUGAUUUUUACUGAGCGACGAGCAGUUUGGACUGGCUUUUGUUUUUUUUUAUUUGUCGUCGUACGGGUUAAUUUAAGAGAAAAAAGGCCAUAUUGUAUAUUAUUUUUUUUUUCUCUUGUUGUCAUAGCCGACGUGAGAGAGUGGAAGCUUUGCAGGGCGGAGAAAACACCACCAGACUGUGUGUUUGUUUUUUGUUUUUUUUAAAAAAGUUUUUUAUGCCCCUUUUAGUUAGCGUAAAUGACCAAAGCCUCAAAAAAUGUAUGCAAACUUUGUCACUGGACGUUAGCGCCCCCUGUUUAUUAAGCUAUGCAAAGGAAACAAACACUGGAGAGAGAGCACCAAUCCAAAACCAAACCAAUUAUGUUCAGAAAAAAAUUAGUCCAUUAUUGAAAAGUUGACUGUAGUACACAUCUAGUGUUAGAAUAAUGCCAAUUCUAUAUCUAGCAGGGCUUUUAAAAACUAAGGAUCCUGCCCUAAUACGUUGGGGGAAAAUAAUUACGUCCACACCAGCACGUUUGUGGAAAAAAAAAAAAAAAUUUAACAGCCAACCACAUAUCAAUGCACGAUAAAUAAUUGUCCAUAAUACCCCUAAAUAGAAGCAAAAAAAAACCACCUAAUUUACUCCAAAUGUAAACAUUGGUCUCAUUUGUGACGUAGGGACAAAGUUUGUCGCUGGCAAGUGACGUUUCCACAGUUAAAUCUUCGGGUAUCUGUGUCCACUUGAUGGCGCCACAAAUGCAGAAUUCGUACAUCUUCACUUUGGGCGCAGUUUUCAAGGACUAGGACUGCAGCUAUCGAUUAUUUUAGUAGUCGAUUAAUCGAUGAGCUAGUUCGAAUAAUCGAGUAAUCGGAUAAGGAACAUAAAAAAUUAAAAAUACCUGAGCUGAGCCUCAAACGUUAUGGAAAAAUAAAUGAGGAUCUAUGUACAGCAAAAGAAGAAUUGGCUAACUUGCAUAGCAAAAGUCCACUAGCUUAAAUGCUAUAAAACGCUAAUGUUUUUUUUUCAUCUUUUUCUUACAUCGCUCUUAACAAAUGCCUAGGACACAUAUUCCCACAAAAAAAGCUAAAUAUACUGUCAAGUUCAAAAAUAGACCCUUAGGUAGACAUUAGUAAAAUUACCCAAAAAUAAGGAGAGAAGACACUCAGUUUUCUUGGCCAAGGAGAGCAAAGAGGGACUAAGACAGAGGAAUGCUAAAUUACGCUGUAUAGUCACCAAAAUUGAUCUAAGGAAAAACCCUCCUUGCUCUUUUUAUUAGGGGUUUGUCCUAACACAGAAAGGGUGCCGCCCUGAAGGGAGAGGGAAAGCAAGCUGGAGACACCCAUGUGAUUUUGGUUGGCUAUGUGUGAGCAUGUAGGUGGAACUAACUAAAUACACGUGUGUAAGCAACGGCACAGGUUAAAAAUGGUCAGAAUGACCCAGACACUUCAGUUAUGCAACGCUGCGGCCAUGGAAGAUGUCCUCGAAUGGAAAAUUGUCCUCGAAGUUCUAGACGAAAGUCCAGACGCCAGGUGCUGAAGAUGUCCCGGAAGGUCUAGUUACGCAAUAAUGGCCAUGAAGCAAGGCAGUUGUCAUCCCGACCCUCUUUACUCUUUGUAACACUUAAACAUUAUACUACAACCUAGUAUAGCAAGCAAUAGGCAGUGUAUCCACCCAGAUCAAUAAAACUAAAUGCAAACACUCAAAACAAACCAUUUUAACGCCACUUUAAUUAAACGAAUACUUGAAGCAGCAUAAUUUCAUUUGAAUCUUUCUUUUCCCUAAUCGAAUACUCGAGUUAAUCGAAUAAUCGUUGCACUCCUAUCAAGAACCCUUGUUUAAAUGUGCAUGUUGAUGAUUGGGCAUACUAUAGAAAAAGUUCGUUUUGCCAAAUACGCUGCUAGGUGUAGACAUGGCAAAGUUAAAAUUUUCAGAACGAUGAAACACGCCACAGCUUGCAGGCCAAUGAUUGGAUGUCAUGUUGUCACUGGCACUGAGAGAGUUUAUGGAAAGCCACCAUUUUGUAUACAAACUAAGCAAUGUUUUUUUGUUUUGUUUUUUUUUUUUUAAUUUUAUUUUCAAGUAAUUUUUUGCAGUGUCAGAUUCUAAAAAAAAAAAAAACAACUUAAAAAAAAUUGGCGAUGCAUCCCUUAAAUUUACAUUUUUAUUCACUUUAAUCCAGUUUAGCAGCAAAAUUUGAAAGUUUGCAAAAAAAAAAAAUUCAUCAGCAUUAAUUAACUUUGAGGAGGGUGGCAGGUAGAGGUGUGCGAAAUUUCAAAGUCUUAGAUCAUUCACGAUUUGGCCGUGGAAGAUUCGGGAACAAUUUACAAACAUCCAAAUUCCGAUUAUUGACAAGCGGAAUUAAAACACAGCGUGGUCUUCAGGACGCAAUGAUACCCCAAAAUCAACUGGAAAUGACCAAAAAUCAGUAUAUUGGAUUAGUGCUGCAACGAUUAAUUGAUUUUGAAAGUGUUUGCAUUUAGUUUUAUUGAUUUGGGUGGAUACACUGCCCUCUAAAGUCUGCCUCAUUUCACAUGGCUGAAUCCAGCUGCUUUUUUUUUUUUUUAAUGCAUUCGUAAUUUAGUUUAUAUGUAUAUUUAGCUGUUUUUUUUUUUUUUUUUUUUUUUUUUUUGGGGGGAAUAUGUGUCUAAACCAUUUGUUAAAUCCAGCUGCUCCAUGUUCAGACCAACAUAAGCCAAGUUUUUGUUUGAGCUUUUUUUUUUUUUUUUUUUUUUAAUUCUUUCGUAAUUUAGUUUAUUUGUAUAUUUAGCCUUUUUUUUUUUUUUUAUGUGUCUAAACCAUUUGUUAAGAGCAUUGUAAAAAAAAAAAUAGCGUUAGUUUUAUAGCAAUUAAGCUAGAGGACUUUUGCUAUGUAAGUUAGCCCUUGUUCUUUUGUUGUACAUAGAUCCUUAUUUAUGUUUUAAUACCGUUUGAGGUUCAACUCAGGUAUUUUAAUUUUUCAUGUUCCUUAUCCGAUUACUCGAUUAUUCGAACUAACUAGUUCAUCGAUGAAUCGACUACUUGAAUAAUCGAUAGCUGCAGCCCUAUAUUGGAUAUUGUUGAAUGAUUUCCUGACCCAUGUAUCGAUAAUUGUUGUAUCGCCGUAUCGUGAUCUCAUGAUAUGGCGGUUUGCACCCCUAAUUGCCACCAUUAAAUGCUAAAAGUAUUUGCAAAAAUUGGGGUCAUAACGAUACAUCAGGUGGUUUAGCGAUGAUCCAAUCAGAGAUGUGCUGCUUUGUUCAAAAAACAAAAAAAAAUCAACGAUAGCACCCUUGGGACAAGAUAAAUUUGCUUUCCAGCUAGAGUAAAUUUGGACAUUUCAGUAAUUCAGUUUGGCUAACUUCUUGACAAACCGCUGAAAACUGUGAUCAGCUUUAGCAAUGCUAGUUUGCUAGUUAGCUGUAAGUAAAUGAUGUGUGCGCCACAUAAACACUCAAAAGUGUGGCACAAUUAGCCCCCAAACUGCAAGUUUGAAACCUGUAGUUUACAUAUUAAGCAAUUGAAAGCCUUUAAAUCGAACUGUGGCAUACCUUGUAUAAUUGUCAACUGUAUCAUUGUCCAAAUGAUCAAGAUCGUUGUUUAACAUCCCUUGCGGUUAUCGUCAAAAAAAUUCUUUCACCACAGUUUCAGAUUUUAUGAAAUGAAAAAAUGGGAGAUACAUGGUUUUCAAUUAUUAGCUUUAUUUUUCAUGACUCAGACCUCAACCUUUCAGAACAUUCCGGAUCACAGUACGACACCCUAACCCAGUUUCUCAUUUUGUCAAAGCACUUCCCACUGUAUGUUUUGAUAUCAAGUCUGGUUGCUUUUUCUCCGCUUUCAAGCGCUGAUGUUCCACUUUCUCCCCUUGUACAAAUUAAUAUAAAUAAAUAUAUAGAGAUAUAAAUAUGAUACAUUUUACUUAUUUUUUUUCCUCCUUUGUAUAUGACCCUCAUGUAAGGUUUGGUUGUGAAGAAAAGGCACGGGAGCAGCUACAAUAUGAGUGACAGUGUUCAUUUCAGACGACUUUUUUUUUUUUUUUUUAUGCAUGUUGGGAGUUUUUCAGUCUUUUUUUGUUUUACAACCCCCCUGUCCACUACCACCUCCCACCAAUCUGUUCAGGUGUGAAUUGAAAUUUUCAUUUUUUUGGGGUGUUCAAGACAAUCAGUGUGGGCCGCUUCGGUGCCCCGUUCCUGUUUCGGACUCAUUUGUACAAAAAAAACAAAAAAACCACCUCUACUGGAACUUUUUUUUUUUGUCUGUGGCUGCUCAAGUUUACACACACUAAAGAAACACACUUCUCGAGUACACACAAAACACCUCGUGCAUCAUUUUUGAUCCCUCGCUCUUUUUAAAAGAACCUUCUUUUGAAUGUUUUAGUUGUGUGUCUAUUUUAUUUGCUCCUAUUUUGAGGUGAGGAUGCCCACCUUCUCUGGAGAACAUGAUCCUUUCUUUUUUUUUUUUUUUUUUUUUUUUUUUUUUUUCGGACUAACAAAUCUAUAACAUCUGAAUAUGAAUGUGGGAAUGCAACACAUUGCAAUAAAAGCACCAUUUAAAAUGUAGACACCGGCCGACUUUAUAUUUAUUGGUGUGUUUUAACACUUAAAACAAUAGAAAACGCCUACAGUAAUUUUCAGACUAUAAGCCGCCAUCCACCAAAUUUGGCACGAAAACAUCAUUUGUUCAUAGAUAGGCCGCACUGGAAUAUAAGCCG